AUGCCGUUCACUUCACAGUCCAGCUCCAAGAAAUCGCGCGGAUCGAAGACCAAGCGGCUCGAUCAUCCAGCCUUUGACGAUUCAGAUUCGACGGACAGUGAAAUCUCGCUGAACGACGAGGAGCCCCUUCAAGAAGCAGAUGCAGACGCCUCGCCAACUCCGUCCAUCAAGGCAGAAACAAAGCAGGUUCGAUUCGCGCAAGGCUUUGAAGACAAUGGGAUAAAAUCGCAGGAUGUAAAUGGCUACAGGAGAUUACCCUCGCGGGCCGAGUCGCUGCGACCGCCUUCAACACGAACCAUUGCUCACUCUCCCGCCAUGUUAGGUCCCUCUCGGCUGGCACGAUCGUCUUCCGCAAAUACAACAAGUCUUUUAACCAAACCUACCGCCCCUAUGAUGCCAACCAGAAACCAGGUCCCUCAACAGUCGUCAGCAAGCAGACAAGCGGUAUCAUCCAUUCGACAACCAGUCAAUGAUGCACGCAUAGUAUCUGUAAUGCGUGAGAUUGAUGACGCUUUGGUCGACUUACGAUCCAUCGCACCUUCAUCCUCGCGAGGUUCAUUACCACCGUUACCCCCCAAGACAUCAGCCACACCCGGCAGAUCCGAGAUGACACCCGUCUCAACCAACCAAUCUCGAUUUGAUUCUCCUCCAAGUAUGCAAGAUGCCAAGCCAUUUUCUUCGUUACCUGAGCUGAGCCUCCCUUCACGCCUUGCACAAUCCUCCAUGACGAGUGACUCCAACACACCGUCUACAUCACAGCUAGAGUCCUCUCCGACUUCAGCAACCACCAUUCAGUUACCGUCCGUGGCAUCUCCCCGCAUUUCGCCCGCUUGGGAGACUCAACUUACCGAAAUACGCCUAACGACUUUAACGAUCGACGAAUCUGUUGUCCUUCGAAACCAAAAGGAGAACUCAUCUUCUUCAAUGGCAGAUACGCCGGUGCGGACUGCCGAAACAGUCACUUCGUUGCCACCACCCGUACUCGCUGGCGAGUCGCAGUCCUCGUCAAUAGAGCUGCAAGCUGGCCUCGAGAGAAGCUUCUCAAAGAAAAACCGGACGUCUUCCCGAAAUGUUCAAAUAUCAGCGCCUGUGGCGGAGCUCCCCCAGCGGGAGAUUCUUUCCCCACCCCGAGCGGCGCCACUACCUCCUGUCUUGGAAAAUAACCGAUCCACUACAAUGAACCCAUUAGAUUUUACAGACAUCGGUCUUCUGGCCCAAAGCUUGGAAAACACCGAGAGGAAUGGGGCGUGGGCUAACACUCUGCCACCGAUGAGCGAGCCCAGCCGACAGGCAUCGUUCAAUUCGAAGCCAAGACUAGGAUUGCUCACGCAAGUGACUUCUCGAUUGCUGGGAGAAUAUGCAAGAACAGCCAAACGUCCGCAAUCCUCGACGAAGUCCACACUUCCACCUCUGAUCUAUGACUCUUCAACACCCAUACGAGAUCAUAUUGGGGUCGUGUCGGAGCGUGUCAAAGCCGAGUUCAAACUCAAACUAAAGAAUGAAUUAGAGCUACCGACGGAAGAUGGGGCGAGCACCUCCGAGCUGGUGGAGAAUGUCGAAGACCUCAACGACGAUGUGUCGGAAUGUGUUAAAACCCUGUUAAAGCUUGUCCUCAAAGCGCAAUCAAAAGGAUCGAGGCUCCAGGAGACCACCCAGCAAGCGAUGGAGGGAGCAAUGCAUUCCAAAAUCAAUGCAUUUCUUGUCGAAAACGUGUUCAGGCCGUUUUCUCUGGAGUUGUCGAUUGAGGCUAGCCAGGCUCUUCGUGGCCACUACGAGCAAAUCGCACCAAACAUUCCUCGGUUUAUCGCAUCGCGUUGGAGAGCUCUCGCAGCUAGCUCCACCUCCCGACCAGCACAAAAUAUGGGACCCCUUCUCGCAUCCAUCGCAUCCAGUCUGAGCGCGAUACUUGUGGAGGGUGUUGACCCAUCCCUUAACACUGAUGGCGCGCUCGCAUGGGAAUUCAGCAGUGCAUUGACCCCUCUCAUCCGACAAGCAUACCUCUUGUCUCAUUUCAUCCACCUGGAGAUGCUGAGUGCCGACUAUGAUGUCUUCCUAGGAACGGAUAUUGGUGGAUGGGCUGUCCCAGAACAAGAAGAGGAGUACAUCAAAUCGCGACAUUUUGCUCACAGGCGGUCUCAUGGACGCAAGGUCACAACGGAUAUGCGCGUUAGUGCGCACUGCAAACUCGGUCUUCGCAGAAGCCAAUAUAUUGGAGAGGGGAAUACACGUAGACGAGUGUGGGACGUGAUUCUAAAGCCAAAGGUUCUUGUCGAGGUAUUGACAUCCGGCAAUGCGAAAUAG